AUGUUUUCAAUAUUGAUUUUCGCAUUGCUCGUAAAUUUCAAUCAAAUAAUCCACAUAAACGCUCAAUGUCGACGAUAUGAAAUUUAUUAUAACUCCUCGCUAUCGCCCACAUGUGAUGUUAACUGCCAGGAUUUACAACGUCCAUGUCGUUUGACCACACAAAGUCCUCAGCCGGGUUGUUAUUGCCAAGCAAAUUAUGCGCGCAAUCUGCGUCAACAGUGUAUACCACGAUCAGAAUGCUCUCGUGACUGUUUCCCCAAUGAAAGUCCAAUUGCUCCCUUGAGUAGAAGUUGCGAAAGAAUUUGUCGCUUGAGGCCAAAUACAAUGCCCAUAAGUAUUUGCUAUCGCCAGUCGGAGAGACUUUGUGUUUGUGACGCAGCAUAUUGCCGCAACCGCAAUGGUCAAUGCCAAAGGGGCAACUAA